AUGCAAGCAACGCUAAAGGCGAUCCCUUUCUCCUUUCACAGACCUCCGAAACUCUACUAUCUCCUCUCUUCACAUUCUCUCUUUCCUUUGCGUCUCAUUUCUGCUUCGACAUUUUCAUCUUCUUCCUCUUCUUCGUCACAAUGGUUCGGCUUUAUCCGCGACGCCAUCUCCACGUCGGAUUUGAAGCUCGGGAAAUGUACACACGCGCGUAUCCUAGCGUUGGAGGAAAACCCAGAACGGUUCUUAGUCAACAAUCUCAUUUCAAUGUACUCAAAGUGUGGAUCACUCACUUAUGCUCGCCGACUGUUCGAUAAAAUGCCUGAAAGAGAUCUCGUUUCCUGGAACUCGAUUUUAGCUGCCUAUGCCCAGUUUUCCGAAGGGGUUCUCGAGAACAUCGAGGAGGCUUUUCUUCUUUUCCGGAUCUUACGCCAAGACGUUGUGUAUACCAGUCGAAUGACUCUAUCUCCACUGUUGAAACUCUGUUUGCAUUCUGGAUAUGCGUGGGCUUCAGAGGCAGUUCACGGGUAUGCUUGCAAGAUCGGUUUGGACAGUGACGAGUUUGUUUCAGGAGCUCUUGUCAAUAUUUAUCUGAAGUUUGGUAAGGUUAAGGAAGGUAGGGUUUUGUUUGAGGAGAUGCCUUACAAAGAUUUGGUGUUGUGGAACUUGAUGUUGAAGGCACAUCUGGAAAUGGGUUUUAAAGAAGAAGCAAUUGACCUCUCUUCUGCAUUUCAUAGAAGUGGCUUGCGUCCCAAUAACAUCACAUUGCGUUUACUCGCUAGAAUUACUGGUGAUGAGUCUGUAGAAGGACGUUUGAAGUCAGAGAUAAGAUCCAAUAACCAGAGAUUGACUAAACAUCUCCAGGCAAGACAGUAUUCAGCUCUUCUCCAAUGUUUUGCUGAUAUGGUUGAGUCCAACUUGGAAUGUGAUGAAGUCACAUUUAUCUUAGUGUUAGCUUCAGCUGUUAGAUUAGAUAGUUUAGCAUUAGGGAAGCAAGUUCAUUGUAUGACACUGAAGUUAGGAUUUGAUCUGAUGCUCACCGUUGGGAAUAGUCUGGUAAACAUGUACUGUAAGCUGAGGAAAAUCGGUUUUGCUAGGACAGUGUUUCACAGUAUGAGCGAACGAGAUUUGAUUUCGUGGAAUUCGAUCAUCGACGGGCUUGCUCAGAGCGGCCUAGAAGUUGAAGCAGUGUUGCUCUUUAUGCAGCUGUUACGUUGCGGCCUCACACCAGACCAGUAUACUCUGACGAGUGUUUUAAAGGCGACUUCUUCUCUUCCUGAAAGCUUGUCGCUGAACAAACAAGUUCAUGUUCAUGCGAUCAAGUUCAAUAACGUUGCAGACAGUUACGUAUCUACUGCUCUCAUUGAUGCCUACUCUCGGAACAGGUGUAUGCGAGAGGCAGAGGCUUUGUUUGAGAGGAACAGUUUCGACCCUGUGGCUUGGAAUGCCAUGAUGUCUGGUUAUACGCAGAGUCAUGACGGUCACAAGACUCUGAAGCUCUUCGCGUUGAUGCAUAAACAAGGAGAGAGAUCAGAUGAUUUCACGCUCGCAACAGUGCUGAAGACAUGUGGCUCCUUGUUUGCGAUGAAUCAGGGGAAGCAAGCACAUGCUUAUGCAGUCAAAUCUGGAUAUGACUUAGAUCUUUGGGUCAGCAGUGGAAUUUUGGACAUGUACGUAAAAUGUGGCGAUAUGAAGGCAGCACAUUUCGCUUUCAAUAGCAUUCCUGUGCCGGACGAUGUUGCUUGGACGACAAUGAUAUCAGGAUGCAUAGAGAACGGAGAAGAAGAGCGAGCUUUUCAUGUGUAUAGCCAGAUGAGGCUCAUGGGAGUGUUGCCUGAUGAAUUCACAAUAGCCACACUUGCGAAAGCGAGCUCUUGUUUGACUGCAUUAGAACAAGGCCGCCAAAUUCAUGCGAAUGCCCUCAAGCUGAAUUGCACAGGCGAUCCUUUCGUUGGAACGUCACUUGUGGACAUGUAUGCAAAGUGUGGAAACAUAGACGAUGCGUAUACUUUGUUUACAAGGAUUGAAAUGAGGAACAUCGCUGCCUGGAAUGCAAUGUUAGUAGGAUUAGCUCAACACGGAGAAGGUAAAGAAGCGCUCCAGCUUUUCAAACAGAUGGAGUCUUUGGGUAUCAAACCUGAUAAGGUCACGUUCAUCGGCGUUCUCUCUGCUUGCAGUCACUCAGGCUUAGUAUCAGAGGCACACGAGUAUAUCAAAACAAUGCAUCAAGACUAUGGCAUUAAACCGGAAAUAGAACACUACUCUUGUUUAGCUGAUGCGCUUGGCCGUGCUGGACUUGUUCGAGAGGCUGAAGAACUAAUCGAGUCAUUGUCCAUGGAAGCUUCAGCGUCAAUGUACAGAGCUCUGCUUGCUGCUUGCAGAGUUAAAGGAGACACAGAGACAGGGAAGAGAGUGGCAACUAAGCUUCUGGAGCUAGAGCCGUCCGAUUCAUCAGCUUAUGUGCUUUUAUCCAACAUGUACGCUGCUGCUUCCAAAUGGAGUGAGAUGAAACUUGCUCGGGUAAUGAUGAAAGGGCAGAGAGUGAAGAAAGAUCCUGGUUUCAGCUGGAUCGAGGUGAAGAACAAGAUCCAUCUGUUCGUUGUGGACGACAGAUCAAACCCGGAAAGCGAAUCGAUAUACAGGAAAGUGAAAGAUGUGAUCAGAGACAUCAAGCAAGAAGGCUAUGUUCCUGAGACAGACUUCACGCUUGUGGACGUGGAAGAGGAGGAGAAAGAGCGAGCCUUGUACUACCACAGCGAGAAGCUUGCGGUUGCUUUCGGGCUUAUGAACACUCCUCCCUCCACACCGAUCCGUGUGAUCAAGAACCUACGCGUAUGUGGAGACUGUCACAACGCCAUGAAGUACAUAGCAAAGGUGUACAAUAGAGAGAUUAUACUGAGAGAUGCAAACCGGUUUCACCGGUUUAAGGCUGGUCAAUGCUCUUGUGGUGAUUUUUGGUAA